GCAGUUUUUCUUUUUCAUCUCAGGAGAUUCUUCUCAGAUUUGGAACAUGACUGUGGGCUUCCCUGGGAUGCUACAGCUGGAGUAGUUUGGUUGUUACACUUUUGCUUCUGUGUGUGUCCACCCAGCAUGAUGUCUCCAUCUGAUAGUUUUGAGUCUGACAGCAGGAGUGGAUCAUCAUGAGAGGGGGUCACCAACAGCGAGGAUGUGGGUGUCGGCACCUAUUCAGAAAACUCCUCAGUAAAUGUGGCUGCUGCUUUGUCCAAGGUAGAGCGGAGUCAUACUCUGUGGCGUGCAAUCACAGCAGCAUUUCGCCAUCAGUGGGCUCUGUGCCCCACCAGGCCUCAGGCAACUCCAGCCCCUGCUCACACUCCUCAUCCGGAGGAUCACGGCACCCUGUCAGCGCUCUCAAGAAAUGGCUCACCUUUCCCGUUCGCAAACUGAGCACUGAUGCCAGAGGAGGAGUGGGAAAUACAGAGAAGCAGAUGUGCAGGUCAGAUGGGAGGCAGCCGCCAUCGCUCCUUUCCCACAGUGAAGCUCAGCUGAGGCCUCUGGAGCCACAUAACAGCUAUACCAUCCUACCCUGUGGAUACACGGUGUGGCGAGACGGGAUAUUCAGUCCAGAAGCUCUUUCUCCUCAACAACUGUCCUGUCAGAGCCCCUUAUCUGACCUCCUGCAAGGAAGAGACACUCAGAAUCAAAGUCAAACAUCCAGUAUGAACAAUCUUCAGGGAGGAGAUGGCUGUUCUCUGACUGAUGACUUGGCCAACCAGUGGUCUGCUACAGUGGACAGUGAGGAGGAGAGAAACAUCGCCUUAGAAAAGAGCAUAUAUGUGCUGACAGAGCUGGUAGAGACAGAGAGGUUAUAUGUGGAAGAUCUUGGACUCAUAGUGCAGGGCUACAUGGCCUCUAUGGCUAAUCAGGGGGUUCCAGAGGACAUGAAAGGGAAGGACAGGAUUGUAUUCGGGAACAUCCACCAGAUUUACGACUGGCAUAAGGAUUAUUUCCUGGGAGAGCUGGAGAAAUGUGUGGGUGAUCCAGACAGUCUGGCCCAGCUCUUCAUCAAACAUGAGCGGCGUCUUCACAUGUAUGUGGUUUACUGUCAGAAUAAACCCAAAUCAGAGCACAUUGUCUCAGAGUACAUUGAGACCUACUUUGAGGAUCUCAGACAGCAGCUGGGUCACAGGCUGCAACUCAACGACCUGCUCAUCAAACCUGUUCAGAGGAUCAUGAAGUAUCAGCUGUUGCUCAAGGACUUCCUGAAGUACUACAGCAAAGCAGGACGGGAUGUUGAGGAGCUGCAGAGGGCGGUGGAGGUGAUGUGCUUUGUGCCAAAGCGCUGUAACGAUAUGAUGAAUGUGGGCAGACUUCAAGGUUUUGAGGGGAAGAUCACAGCUCAGGGGAAGCUGCUCCAGCAGGAUACUUUCUCCGUCAGUGAGCAGGAAGGUGGUCUCCUGUCCAGGCCAAGGGAGAGGCGGGUCUUCCUGUUUGAGCAACUGGUCAUUUUCAGUGAGCCGAUAGAUAAGAAAAAAGGCUUUGCUUUGCCAGGCUACAUUUUCAAAAACAGCAUCAAGGUAAGCUGUUUGGGUGUGGAGGAUCACUCUGAGGAAGAUCCAUGCUGUCUGGCUCUGACCUCCCGCGGGACAAAUGGCGCCUUGACACGCUUCAUCAUGCAGGCAUCAUCUCCAGAUAUACAGAAAGCUUGGCUCAGUGACGUGGUCCAGAUCUUAGAGACGCAGAGGAACUUCCUCAAUGCCCUUCAGUCUCCAAUAGAGUACCAACGCAAGGAGAGCAAGUCAAACAGCCUGGGCAGGAACAUGAAGUCUCCGUCUACACCAGCAUCAGGACUUAGACCUCACUCCUCAGCAUCCAUGGACCGACGUCAGCAGCCAUGCAAGUUGACCUACAACUCCUCACUGCCCUCUCUGCAUCCAACACAACACAGCCGCACCUCCCAGGGGAUACAUGGACAUGGGACAUCCAACGGCCUGACCCGUAGUUUACAGAGCAUGCAGGGUGUGACUGCAAGUUUCCAGACAACCACAUUAAAUGAAGGUGGGCUUUAUUCUGCACAUCAACCAAAGGACCUGGAUAAGCUGACGGAGAGCAAGCAGUGACAUGAGAAGAAAAAUGGACUCAGUUUGCUCCUAUGGAUUAUGAAUGACUCUUAAAUUCAGAGUCAUAGACUAAAUAUAUCCUUACUUACAGUCAGUGAUGCUCUGUCAGCAUCUUUGUUUCACUCCUGUCUUUGUAGACAGUGCGUCUGUCUUUAUGUGUUGUCUUUAUAUUUCUGCUGAAUACUGUUAUGGCUGACCUGGAUCUGAUACUGUGUGGUAAUACAGGUGGGACUGUGUGUACGUUAACUCUGCAUACACAGACGUCAAGAAAAGUAGAAAUCAAAUGUCCAAAAAUAUGUUGUAUAUGGAUACAUUUCUAAUAUUUUCCAUUGAAAAUUUCCUUGAUGGAUAUUUUUGUAAUGCAUAAUAUUUUCAUAGGAGACUGAUUCCUCUGUUCCCUCUGAGACCUGCAUCUGAAAUCCCUCUCAGACUCUGUCCUCAAAUAACUGCAUCCCAGAGCAGCUGUAGAGUCCAGCUUCACCGUCACCAUGGGAUAUGAACCUAUCAGAGUUGUGUGCAUCUGUGCAUUCCCUGUAGGUUGGAAAAGUUGCUGUGAUUUCCCCCUGUAGAGCUAUUUUAACCCCACCAUUGUUAGUGCUAUCUAAACGAAACACAUGGAAAAAGAAUCAAGCGGAAAGAGGAAAAGGGGCAUGAAAGAUAAAACAGAGGUUCACAUCUGUCACUGUCUUCUGUGAUGUAAAUAAUCUCA